UGCUCACAGGCUGGUGCCUUUUUGAAGGAGUUUAUUUUUAAUUACUAUAUAUUUUUGGUUUGUGUGUUAACCACAAGCGGAUGUGAGAGGAGAAAGGUGUUUCUGUUCCAACUGAAAUACCUCUAUCUGGUUCUAACUACCAGAAGUGUUUUUGUUUCUACUGUGGGACAUAAAACAAGAAAGAAGUUUACUUGAUGUGUGUACUAUUGAAAUGGAUGUAAGAUUUUAUCCUCCACCGGCACAGGCUGCUGCAACUCAUGAUACCCCUUGUGUGGGACCUUCUCCUUGCCUGGACCCCUACUAUUGUCACAAGUUUGACGGAGAGAACAUGUAUAUGAGCUUGACGGAGCCAAACCAAGACUACGUGCCAACAAGCCAGUCAUAUCCUGGUCAUAGUCUAGAAAAUGAAGACUUUAAUAUCCCUCCAAUAACACCUCCUUCAAUGCCAGAUCAUUCAAUGGCACACUUGCCGGACGCAGAGUCUGGAUUCCAUUCCCUCUGUAACCCAAUGAGCCAAAAUGGUCUACUUCAAUUUCAUCAACAAAACAUGGAUUUACCUGCAAUUACAGUGUCGAACAUGCUUGGCCAAGAUGGAUCACUGCUUUCUAAUUCUCUUUCUGUGAUGCGGAAUUCUGAAGGAUCUCAGUACACAUCUCAUGCCCAGAUGGCAGCAAUGAGGCCAAGAGUCCAAGGUCUAGACAUUAGACAGACAGGAAUGAUGCAACACGGACAGCUGACUACAAUAAACCAAUCACAGCUUAGUGCUCAGCUCGGACUGAAUAUGGGAGGAAACAAUGUUACCCAUAACUCUCCAUCUCCACCUGGAAGUAAAUCUGCUACUCCAUCUCCAUCCAGUUCAGUCCAUGAAGAUGAAGUGGAUGAUACAGCCAAGACCAGUGGAGCAGAGAAACGACCCGCCCCUGACAUGGUAAAGAAGCCAAAAACCCCAAAGAAGAAGAAAAAGAAGGACCCAAAUGAACCCCAGAAACCUGUGUCAGCCUAUGCAUUAUUCUUCCGUGACACUCAAGCAGCCAUUAAAGGCCAAAAUCCAAAUGCAACAUUUGGAGAAGUUUCAAAAAUAGUAGCUUCAAUGUGGGAUGGACUUGGUGAGGAACAAAAGCAGGUAUACAAAAAGAAAACAGAAGCUGCCAAAAAGGAAUAUCUGAAGCAGUUGGCGGCAUACAGAGCAAGUCUUGUAUCUAAGAGUUACAAUGAUCCUGUUGAUGUUAAAACUUCACAGCCAUCUCAGCUGAUUAAUUCAAAACAGCCAGUGUUUCAUGGGCACACACAAGCACAUUCUACACUGUAUCUCAGUUCACCUUACCACCAACAGCCAGUAAUGAGCCCUCAUUUAUCUGCAAUUCACCCCGGCAUGAACAGGAACAUAGCUCCCAAGCCAAACAACCAAAUGCCAGUGACUGUUUCUCUUGCAAAUAUGGCUGUGUCACCACCACCAUCUCUCCAGAUGAGUCCACCUCUUCAUCAGCAUCUGCAAAUGCAGCAACACCAGCAACUCUCAAUGCAGCAGUCCCUUGGAAACCAGCUACAAAUGCAGGGCCAGGCUUUACAUUCACCAACAAUGCAACAGGGAUUUACUCUUCAACCUGAAUAUCAGAAUCUUAUCAACCCGACAUCUACAGCUGCUCAAGUUGUUUCACAAGCGAUGGAGUAUGUUCGUUCAGGUUGCAGGAAUCCUCCAGGACAGACACUAGAAUGGAACAAUGAUUACUGCAGUAAUGGAAACAUGCAGAGAGACAAAGCACUGUACCUAACCUGAAAAUAACAACAAGCAUACAAGCUACUUUUGGCUGAGGAAUGCAAGGGCAACUUUUCUCAUGGAUGCAUCAUGUGAUUUUAUUAGAAAAUACAAGUUGCUAAGCACUUAGGACAUUUGAGUUUGUGGGUUACCCACUCUGGGAAAAAAAUAGUCUUGCUUCUUUCCUUUUACUCUUAAAAAAUCCUUAAUGAACAUUGUUCUUUUUCCUACAUACUGAAAGAAAAUUGGACCAUUCAGAUUUUAUGUUGGUUUUGCUGUGAAGUGCUGCGCUAGUAACUGCCUUAGCAACUGUAGAUGUCUCGGAUAAAACUCCUGGAAUUUUCCAUUGGUUUUCAUAAUGGUUGUUUAUAUAAAACUACUAAAGACUUUUUCAAUGACUUGAUGUAGCACUCAUAGCAAGGUUGUAAAUAGCAUUGGUGUCCACUCUCCUAGAGUAUAAAAUGUGAAUGUUUUUGUAGCUAAAUUGCAUUUCAGAACUGGUUAAUUUCAGGAAAAAGGGCAAAAUUGGCAAACAUUCAUAUUUUUACUUGUUUUUUUAAUGCUUAAUAUGUCUAUAUUUUCAAACCUUUAAGGGAAACAAAAGUCUCCAAAUGUUAUCAAAUAAAGUUUGGGGUUGUCUCAUUGAUGGAAUGAGAGAAAAAAAAAUCCUACCGUGGGAUAUAGGGAAAGCAAACAUGUUUAUUUUGUACUGCAUUAAAAUGGCUUUUUUUGUAUCACUUCUUGUGUAAUUGUUAGUAAAUGUCAUUAUGUCCUUAUAUGUAUAAAUCUGCCAAAUGCUUACAUGUUAUGUUACUAGAUGCAGAAACAGAUUGGAAACAGCUAAAUUAUAACCUUGAUAUAUGGCUAUGUAUUAUUGUUUCUCCAUACUGUGUUUGUAUUUAAUUAAUCUUUUUUUUUUUUUUUAUGGAGCCCAUUGCGCCUAUUUAUGAAAUAAUAAAUCUAGGUGUUUGUAAGUAAUUUUCUUAGCAUUUUAAAUAUAUUUCUUUGAUGUUUUACCUUCUGCUGGAAAAAAACAUUGGAUUCACUACUUGUGAACAGAUUUCCUUUCUACUGUGACAUUCAAUAAAACCAAACUUGCAUUUUUAAGGUAAAAAAUAAAAGCAAUCAACUAA